CACUAAUUUGUUUUGCGGGAUCAGCUGUUGAGCGCCAUGCAACGAGGGCGCCUCGUAUGUAUAAAAGUGGCCGGGCACCCCUUGUUUCUUCCCUUAAGCUUCUCGCGAUCAGCUGUCUAGCUCGCUCGUCCUAAGCUGCAGAGAGGAGUCUGAUGAGACUUGGCGUGUUCAGCAUCGCCUGAUCAGAACCUGCGAGAAAUCGCCCCGCAAAAUGAAGCACCUGCAAGUUGUACUACCCGUUGCCCUGAUGCUGCAGUUUUUUUAUCUGGCGUGUUUAGCAGUGCAGCUACCUAAUUCAAAGUACGGUCAAUACAACCUGGCCGAGAAUGGGAACACCGUCCGAGGCAAACCGAUGAAGGGAUCACCGGGGCAGUCCCGGCCAGGUCCACAAGAGGAGGAGGAGGACAGUGAAUCGGAGGGCCCUGGGUCGGGACAGGCAACCAUCACAGAUUCUGGUGUCCUCAACAGAACUGCCUCUGCGGACGAGGACCACAGAGCUAGAUGCGGCGCUUGCGAGAUGCGAGAGCACCAGAAGGCCCUGCGCAUCCAGUCCAUUAAGGAACAGAUUCUGAGGAAACUAAAUCUCAAGUCGGUUCCGAACAUCACCAUGCCGAUUCCUAAGAUACCACCUUUGCAGCAGCUUAUGGGAGGGCAGGACCCAGACAUGAGCGCUAUGCAAGGGGAUGCACCUGUCCAUGGACAGUUCAGAAUGGCCCACACGGACGAAUACGACUCAUCACCACACUACGGGGCCACCACCAAACGAAUUUUCACAUUCGCAAAGCCAACACCUCCAGAAUUGAAUCUAGAAGAUGCCUCGAUAUGCUUCUUCGAUGUCCAGGGCAAGACCGACGGCUACGUGGUCUCAAAGGCCACCCUUUACUUCUACAUCCAACCGGCUAAAGUUCUUCAGACCACAGUGCACACGAUGAGCGUGAGCCGUGUGGUCAUGAUGAAAGGCAGUCGGGGGCUGAUCAAGCUGGAUACGGUGAGGGAAGAGAAGAUUGUUCUCAGCUCUCAGCACGGCGAAUGGCAGAGCGUGGAGCUGACCGACGUUGUGACCGAGUGGAUUGAGAACCCUGGAACAAACUCGGGGGUGAAGAUCGAGCUGUACGAUGAUGGACGAAACUCCGUGGUUGUCACUGGACUGACGGAUGAUGAAGAGACCAAGAAACCCUUCUUACAGUUGAGGCUACAUGAUGCCAGGAGACGACGAAGUCGGCGCGCUGCAGGCCUGAUCUGCAUGGAGAAUCAGCCCACGGAGCGCUGCUGCCGUUAUCCUCUUCGAGUGGUCUUCGCCGACUUUCAGUGGGACUGGAUUCUGAUUCCGAAGGCCUACGAGGCGAAUUACUGCUCUGGUCUGUGCCCAAGGAUGCGUCUCCAGCAGUACACUCAUACCAAGAUCAUGUCUAUGGUCAACCCUCCUCCCGACGGCUACAUGGGCCCGUGCUGCUCUGCCAGCGACAUGGCCCCACUUACAGUGCUCUACUUUGAUGAAAACGCCGACAUCAAGUACAGUCUAUUAACCAAUAUGAAAGUUGAGUCCUGUAGCUGUGCAUAAAUGGGCAAUGAUUCUAAAGUGGGCACACUACAUAGGCCUACAUGGCUGGUUUGUUUCUAAAGCACGUGAAGUUCAAUCCCUGGCAGUACUAUCACAACGCGGAUGGAUAUCAAAUAUCCAAUGUGCCAAGCCGGCACUAUUUUUUGUUGUUGUUGCAAAACAGUACUGUGAUCCAAUAGAUGUCUUUUGAUGCAAAAUGUUCGCAUGUUUUGAAGCUACUGCCAACCUUGAAUAUCACAGAUUUAUCCAUAUUUAAUGAUAAGGCAGACUAAAAGAGAAAACUGAACUGCAGUGCCGGAAUACAGCACACGUAGUUUGUUGGUUUCAAAAUAGCAUGGUGUCUGCAUCCCACCAAUGUUCGUUUGCUGGUGCUAAACGAACACUAAAAGAAGUUCAGACAUUGCUACCAGGGGGACAUAUUGAUUCUCUGUUAAAUAAAACGAACGAAACAACUUCCGACAAAGUAGUUCCAACAAAGUACAUGUGGUAUCGUGCUCCUUUGGUUGAUGAUUUACAUCAACAACUUCUUGGGACUUUGCCAAAAGAUGGUCGCCUUGUCUUUGUGACAAAAAGCAAAUUACAGCUUUGUUUAUGCAAAUUAAUAAGAUACAUAUGUAAUUCUAGCUUUUAAACAUCUGACUGGUAUCCUGAAGGUUCUAGCGACGACAUCGCACUCUAUGAAAUGUUACAAGAAGCACCAUCUUUAGCUUACGCGUCAGGUAAACACGAAGGGGCACCUGGGUUAACAGUUUUGGCGAAAUAUUUGUGGAUGUUGUCAGCCAUGUUCGUUAGCUGGUUCCAACGAACUCUAAAAGCAAGCAGGGUCAGCAUAAUAGAGCUAUUCAAAUCUAUAUUUUAUUAUUUUUUUAUUUGUUUUACGAGCAGGUUUGCAGGGUGUUGGUCUGUCGUUCAUGACCUUUACAAUAAAUGCAAAAUUGUGUGAAUGGUAACAGUAAUAUCUUGCUAUAGUGCAUGAAGGUAAAUCCACCAUUCACUUGUAAUGUAUGAUUUAAAAUUAAACUUAAAGUGCUUUCGCAAAUUUGAUAACAACUGAGGUAUUUUAAAGGCCAUGAUGUCUUGUAGUUCAUUUAGAAGACUUUGACAUUAUAUAAAUGUAAUGAACUAACAAGGUGGACAGGCCAUUAUAACAUUCUUAAACAUUGAUUGGAAAGAAUGCAUUGUCUGCAAGACUUUCACUUGCUAUCCAAAUAUUUAGAGUUUUUAAGUAUGGGUAUUCAACUGUAGCACUGCUUUCUGUUCAUUUUCUUUUCAACUUUGUGGUUAAGGUCUUCGACGUAAUGCAAUCCCUAAUCAUGCAUCUGCCAAAUCUCCAAGUAAUGCUCCAAUUCAUAUAUCGUAUUUAGACUGUGCCUAAUGAAUUGUCCGCAUUGCUGUUGGUGGUUACCUAGAAGUGUGUGAAUAAAGGGAAUAAUGCGUACACCCGAGCUAUUUUAGUUCCAAUCACCAUGGACAAAUGAAGAUAAUUGAGGUUCCCUCCUAAUUUUUGACACUCUGGUAAAUUUACAGUAUUACAAAAUACUGCGUGGUAUCUCACACUGGUAGGAAUUCUGAACGUUCCUGACACCUGCCGUUCAAAAUAUUGAAGAAUCUGAAUAAAAUUUGUCAAUUUUUUUUGUAAUUAAGUCUGGUGUCCUUUACAAGACAAGGGACUUGAAAUGCACAGGUGGGUAGACGAGCUAUCAACAACACAAACAGAAUGAAACUAACGUUGCACUUGAAUCGUGAUUAACCGGGGGGGGAAAGGGGCCACGCCCCCUCUUAAAGCAAAACUAAUUUUGACUCCAAAAUGAGAAAGGCUAUUUUUUGGUCUAUCUUCCAAAGCGUGUGAAAAGCUCCAAAAUGUAGCCUAAACCCUCAGAAUGACCAUAAAAGGUUACAUAAAGCAAUUCCAGAUUUUUGCCCACGCCCCCAAAAUGUGGCUUUAGGAUCGCCCCUUGACUUACACUUGGUUUUAUUUUUGAGGCUGAAAUUGGAUUAAUAAAUAAAAUUGUGCAAUCUUUGAACGAGGCUUGAAGGAGGUGGACAAAGUACUUAGAGGAUUAGCUAACAAUCAUAAGUAAUCACAUUGAGUAACGCUUUGCAGGUUAAGUAUUUUGGAGAAACCGACGACAAUCGUUCGUACAUUUUGAUCUAUGUAAUAGGCUAACAAGUUAACUAUUCAGAAUGUGCUAAUUCAAAGUUGCAAUCUGUCAAAUUGUGACCCUUGCUCCAUGAAGUAUCUAAGCAUUGAUGUAACAGCCGUUUCACAAGUUAGCCAUCUUAAUGGACAUUUCGAUAAAGCCGUUUUGAUAAGAAGUAGGCCCCUAUUAAGCGCUUGUGGACAAAACGUGUAUGCUUACAAAAAAGACUCUACGAAAGCAGCUAACUUUACAAAUAAAAGGUUUUCAUGGAUAACACCCCCGGAUGAAGGAAGACAAUAUACCUGUCCUUGCCCUUCGAUUGUGUUGAACAAAGCAUAGGCCAAAAAUCAACAUACCCAUUAUUGCAGUGCAUGUAGGAAAGCUGGAAGUACUCUGGCAGUGAGUUAUUGAAAUGAAGUGAACUUGCAAAACCAUUGUAGGACUUGAUAGCUUAACUAAGCCAAUGAUUCACGGUGAAAAGGCAGCGGUAACUCAAGUGAAGUGCAACAGGUGUCGAAAUUCAACUUCCGUGUUUUGGGCUUGAAAUUUUGACCCAUUUAUUGCACCAAGUAAGAUCUAAGCUUUCCCCAACAACCAGUUCAAACGUGGGCCAAGGAAUAUUAUUAAUGAUUCAUUGAAUCCGAGUGAGAAAGAAGCAGUUGUUAAACCACUGUGUUUCUAUGAUGUUGUGUCAAGUUUAUUCAUCACAAGUGUGGCAGGCUGAAAUUACACCAUGCUGAAUUUACCUACAGGCUGCUUGAGCUUAAAGGACUACACGCGCAUGCUCUUUUUGCCAACUUCGUUGGGUAAUUUCGGCAAGGGGCUGAUUCUGCAGCACUGAACUACACGAUUCAUUAUAUCAGUAGACACUAAAUCCAAAAUAGGUGGUUACUUUUCCGAGGUCUUUCAAAGAUGGUUGGUUACUAAUUGUUUGGAGCAGCAUACAGAGCUUUAUUCAGUAUUAAAGAAUAUGCACACCUAGUCAGUGUGUAAGAGAAACUGAA